AUUUUCCUCCACACCCUCCUUCCUUUAGCACCAUCUCUCUCUCUCUCUCUCUCUCUCUCUCUCUCUCUCUCUCUCUGUGCACGUGCCGGCGGCAGCAGUGGCGACCGGUGCGUGGUGGUUGCUCAUGGCUCAGGCAGAGGAGAAGAGAGAGGAGAACCAUGUCCUUUUGGUGGCCUUCUCCUCUCAAGGCCAUAUCAAUCCGAUGUUACGGCUUGGCAAGCGUCUCGCUGCCAAAGGUAUCCAGGUCACCCUUGCCACCACUGAGAUCGCCCGCCAUCGGAUUCUUAAAUCCUCCGAUGCUGGUGCUGCUGACCUUGUCACCGGUAUCAAGCUCCUGUUCUUCUCCGAUGGCCUGAGCCUUGACUAUGACCGGAAGACCAACCUCGACUUCUACAUGGAAACCCUAGGUAAACAUGGGCCUAGUAAUCUCUCGACUCUAAUCAAAGAACACUACACGAGUCCAAAGAAACUCUUAUGCCUAGUCACGAACCCUUUCGUGCCAUGGGUUUGCGACGUAGCCGUCGAGUACAACGUCCCUUGUGCCAUGUUGUGGAUACAGCCGUGCGCGUUGUACGCGAUAUACUAUCGCUUCUUCAAUAAGCUCAGCGCCUUCCCGACUCCAACGGACCCUGAUAUCGUUGUGGAACUACCGGGUUUACCUUCGAUGGAGACCGAGGAUUUGCCGACCUUUGUGCUUCCCAACAACCCAUUGGGCAGCUUCCCCAAACUAUUCUCUGAACUAUUCCAAGGCAUGGAGAAAUUCAAAUGGGUUUUAGGAAAUUCUUUCCAUGAGCUUGAGAAACAUGUCAUAGACUCCAUGUGCGAGCUUUAUCCAAUAAGGCCGAUCGGUCCACUAGUCCCUCCAACGUUGCUAGGCCUAGAUCAAGAACUUGAGGAUGCAAGUGUAGAUAUGUGGAAAUCAGAUGAGACUUGCAUUGAAUGGUUGACCUUGCAACCUCUUUGCUCAGUCAUCUAUGUAUCCUUUGGGAGCAUUGUUGUGUUACCAGCCAAGCAAAUGGAAGCGAUAGCCACGGCUCUAAAGAACGCAAUGCGCCCGUUUCUUUGGGUGGUGAAGCCGCCUGAGUUCGCGGCGCCUGAUGGUGCGGGGCAACUUCCGGAAGGGUUUCUUGAAGAAACAAAAGACCAAGGUCAAGUCGUGAGUUGGUCUCCUCAAACUAGGGUCUUGUCACACCCGGCUGUGGCAUGUUUCAUCACUCACUGUGGAUGGAAUUCCAUGCUCGAGACCAUUUGCUCGGGCAUCCCUCUCAUAGCCUACCCACAGUGGACCGACCAGCCGACCAACGCGAAGCUCAUUGUGGAUGUCUUUAAGAUUGGCGUGAGGAUCAAGAAGGAAGUUGAUGGAAACAUAAGCAGUGAAGUGAUCGAGAAAUGCAUUGAAGAGGUCAUGGUUGGGCCAAAGGCUGAGCAAUUGAGAAAAAACGCGGCGGCACUAAAGGGCGAGGCUCGGAAGGCAGUGGCGGCAGGUGGAUCAUCCGAUGAGAAUAUCCAGCUCUUCGUGGAGGAAAUUACCCGCGACUCCCGCAAGAAAGAUGAUUCGCCAAACGUGGGAAAUUUGAGCCAUGAAGGUCAAGAAGAUAAGAUUAGUGAUAAAGAUGUGUAGAGAGAAACGUGUUAGGGGAAGGUUGAUAAGAGAUUGAUGGGUUGUCUUCUUCACAUUAAGGCGACAACAUUAUUGUCCUAGAAGACAAAUAGCAUAUGAAGUUGUGGAGUUCCUGUGUUUGGAGACAUAAAGAGGACAAGUCCAACUACUCCGUUUUCUUGACAUAAUGUCUAUUGAUUUUCUUGCUAACCUUGUCCUC